AUGUAUAGCUAUAUCUCUAAAUUAUUGAAGUUUCCAGCUACCACAGAUCACUUGUCUCGGCCAGAGUUCAUUCAGCCGAAUGAACCGAAGCGCGUGAAGACAGCCAACAGCCAGUUUGAAUGUAUGCUCUACCGGGAGAAAUGGCAUGCCAUCAAAGCCAGCAAAGCUUUCUUCAGGGAUAGCACAAGUGUAGCUUCACUGAUGCUAUCCACAGCUACCAAGGUAAACCCUGGUGUUCCAGUAGCAUGUGACGAUGAAUUCGCCUUUCUUGUGGAUACUUCCAGUCUUGAAUUUGACCAGGACCUUACAUGCGACGAGACCGGCAAAUACAAAAAACCCAGUUAUUCCCGAUGUGAGUUGGCCGUGGAUGGUGAACACAACAUAUUUUGGUUAAAAAUGGGUCCCAAGACUGGUACUGAAAGAUACACACUUCUCCGGAGGUAUUAUCCCCACCGUGAUACCCCUGGAUUUUUCAGGACAAUAUAUGAGCUACAAAGGGAUGGAGUGCAGAAAUGUCCAGUCGUCUUAAUACGAUAUGAGUGGAGAGGACAGAAGACAGCAUUAAGAAUGACGGCUCAUGGUCACUGCAGACAGAAUGAUAGCCCCUUCAUCCGAUCAAAGAAGGCCUUGAUUGAAGAACUGAAGAAGCCAUCAUGUCAGUCAGCACAGGACAAGCUGAACGAGAAGUUCAAAAUGCAGGGUGGUAGUGUGGGAGUAGAUGCAUUUUCGUCAUUGCCUCGUGACAGGCAGCAGGUCUACCGGCACGGUACAGGAGGGAAGAAGAAAACUGAUUUCAACAAACUAAUUGAGAAGAAUGCAUCUGGAGAAUUUGUAAGGAGUGUUGAAUUCGUCAAUGAUAAGUCAAACAUGUCCAAAGGCCUUUAUCCUAGAUGAGUCGUUUACAAACAAAUCGAAGACAUGAAGAGAAAUUGUGCAGCAGGCAGUAUCAUUUCGUUUGAUGGUACAUUUGACCUGGGGCAAAUGUAUGUCACUGUUGCGUCAUACAGACAUCAAGAUUUUCUGAAUAAACGGAAUGCAAAAAAUGUACUCAUGCCAGGCCCAGUAUUGUUGCAUGCAAGAAGAGAUACUGAAACGUAUCAGUACUUUGGACACCAGAUUUCCAAAGCUCUGGGAAAUGAACAUGUACCCUUUUUCGGGACAGAUGGGGAGAGUGCAAUGUACAAGGGUCUGAAAAGCUCACCAAGCUUUUCCAAUUCCAAACAUCUUCUCUGCAUGAUCCAUCACAAAAGAAACGUGCAAAGCAAGCUUGAGAAACUUGGAGUGCACAAGAACACUGCAAAAAUUCUCAGAUCGAUCUAUGGGGAAGAAGUCCAUGAAGCACGUUACGAGGGACUUGUAGACAGCAGUAGUGACAAGGAGUAUGAAGAGGCUCUUCUCAAUUGGUCUACCAAAUGGGACCAAAUGGAAACAGAAGAGACAGGAAGGCCUCCUGCAUUUGCGAAUUGGUUCAAGCAAUACAAAUCCCAAGAAGUGAAAGAAUGCAUGUUGAAACCAUUAAGGCAGCAAGCAGGAAUGGGAGACCCACCGCGCCAGUAUAGUACGAAUGAUUGUGAGUGUAUGAAUUCUAUGCUGUCCAAGUGGAUUGGUGGCAAGAAGUCAUGGAACGAUCUUGUCGAUAGCCUUGAGGACUUUGUCAAGUCAAAGUACACAGAACUGGAAAUGUCAAUCAUAGGCUUAGGUGAGAGACGACCAGCCAAGAAGUGUCUUGAAAGAACACCAUUAGAAUGGUCUAGUAUGAAGUCAGAGGAAAAUAUAGUACUACUAGAGAGAGCGAAUCUUAGUGUACCAGAACAGUCAGCUAAGGAGCUUUCAAUAUCUCCAGAAGAAAGUGGAAUCGGAGGAUUUACUCAGUAUGAAUUGCAAGCUGUCUGGAGCAAGGCUGGUACGAUCAUUGAUUGUAGUCAUAGCAUCGUUGACUUUCCAUCUACCAGUUCUCAAUCCAUUUGCUUUGAUGGAAAGGAUCACUUCAAAGUGUCAUGGCACAAUGACUUGUAUGUUUGUGACAGGCAAUGCAGAUCAUUCAUUCUACACAAUCGUCUGUUUUGCGAACAUACCUUAGCAGUUGCUGAACAAAAGGAAAAAUUGGCAGCCUUCCUCUGCAGAGUCAAUACUAAAAAGAGAGCAUCAUCUGUUAAUCUAGCCAAUGACGUUCUCCAGAAACAAUGUUCUGACAGUGGUAAAAAAAGAGUGCAAAUAAGAAAAGAGGUGGCAAUGACAAAGUGUCCCAACCUGUCACGACAGUUAUCCCCAAACCCAGUCAAGAACAGCCUUUCUGCAUUGCUCGUAAAGUGGGUGUCAUCAAACGCUGCUAUGGAUGCAAGCAGGAGUUUGGACAGAAGAUGA